CGCAAAGAGGAUUUGUUUCUUCAGCUUCAAAAAAUGUUGUAGUUAUGAACCUAGGACAACAACAACUACUACACCUUCUACCCAUAAGCCCACAACUAGAACCACAUCAGAAUCCUCCCCAGAGAUAUCCUUAUCAGCCUCUAACGAAGAACUAGAUAAUUCCAUUGACAUAGUGAUGAAUGAAAUUAAUGAACUAGAAUUCUCCGAGGAUGAACUAACAAUAGAUGAUCUAAAAGAAGCGGAAGAUGACACAGUUGAUGAACUUAAUGAGAGUGUUGGGGCCACUUAUGGUGACAGUGAUGAUGUUGACUCUAGUAAGGAAGUGAAGAAACCAAAAGGCAUAAUACGAAAACAUAAAAACCACCCAAGAGGAAGAGGGAGAGCAAUGGUAUUGAAGCAUUACUGCUGCAGAGCAGGAUUCAUCAUUGCAAAGAAGAGCAAGAGGACUGAAGUGUGUAGGAACAGAGCCAACCAUUUUGUCAUGAAGUUCAGAAAGUUGGCAGGAAUUGCCAAGAGAAUCUGUUUCGUAUCAUUCAAUAAAUGCUGCAGCAAAAU